GAGAGGGGCUCUGGCAGAGACUUCUUCAGGUUCUCGUUCUUCACAGUCUUCUACCUGCUGACCCAUCACCCCACACACACACAGCGAGAGAGAAAGCGGCCAUGUUUCCCCUGCGUGUUGUGCUGCUGGCAGCACUGGUUAGCCUGACCCUGGGUCAGUACGAUGAUUACGACUACCAGCCAGCCUCCCAGCUUGGACCCUCUGGACCCAACUGUGCCCAGGAGUGCGACUGCCCCAUCAACUUCCCAAGCGCCAUGUACUGCGAUGGACGCAAGCUCAAGUUCGUCCCUGUGGUCCCCACGGGCAUCAAGUACCUGUACCUGCAGAACAACCAGAUCGAGGAGAUCAAGGCAGGUGUGUUUGACAACGUCACUGACCUGCGCUGGUUGGUGCUGGACCACAACAUGAUCACCACCGACAAGGUGGCCAAAGGCACCAUCGACAAACUGGUGGGUCUGGAGAAGCUUUUCUUCAGCCACAACCAGCUGUCCGAGCCUGUCCUGCCGCCGUCCAGAGUCCUGGAGGAGCUGAAAAUGAUGAACAACCAGCUGUCCAAGUUCCCAGCGCUGACGGACAGGGAGAACUUGACGGCCGUGCAUCUCCAGGACAACAAGCUGACCUCGGAGGGCAUCGCCGGGGCCUUCAAGGGCCUGAAGAAGCUGCUGCUCCUGGACGUCAGCAGGAACAAGCUGAAGAAGCUUCCAGCCGGCCCGCCCAGCUCCUUGGAGGUCCUCUACGCCGACCACAACGACAUUGACAGCAUCGCCGCCGGGUACCUGAACAAGCUGCCGUCCCUCAAGUACCUGAGGAUCUCCAACAACAAGCUGGUGAGCUCAGGCAUCCCGGCCGGCGUGUUCAACGUGUCCACACUGGUGGAGCUGGACCUGUCCUUCAACAAGCUGCAGAAGAUCCCCGAGGUCAACGAGAUGCUGGAGCAGCUGUACCUGCAGGCCAACCAGAUCAGUAAGUUUGACUUGGAGAGCUUCUGUAAGUUCAGCGGCCCACUCAACUACUCUCGUCUGAGACACCUGCGUCUGGAUGGGAACAACGUCACCCACACUAGCAUGCCCGACGACACCGCCAACUGCCUGCGCCAGGCCUCCGAGAUCGUCUUCGAAUGAUGACCCUCAAUCCAGCGUCCACAACCCCCCAGUCUGACCCCACCUCCUCCCAUUCUUAACCCCACACUACCCCCUCUACCUACCCCCCACUGCCCCUCUCCCUAGCCCACACUGCCCCUCUACCUAUCCUACCUACCCCACAGUACCCCACCCCAACCUGAAUAACACAACCACCCAACCCCACCACCUUACCCCACCCCCUCUCCAAACCCUGUGACCAGCCUACUAAUCAGCAUGCAUGGCCUUGCACAUUAUGUCAUGUGAAAGUGUGCAGGUUUGGGUGUCCCCCAGUGCACUGGGACAUAGUGCUGUCUUCACUGUUCUUACAUGACUCCUCCCCAUGGUGUAUAUAGCUCGUACAAUGUUGUUUGUUCUCUGGAGAACAAGGAUCUGCUCUCAGUAGAAAGCCAAGGUGAAUAUAAUGUUGUUUUUUUUAAUCAAACUUCAAAGUACUUAUUUUUUUUAACUAAAUGUAGUAAAGACCAACUUUGCAAAUAUUCUCUUUAGUAAGAUGUUGUUUUACAACAUGAAGGAAUCAGGUACAUCGAUGACCUAGAAGUGCUUUUGCAAAAAAAAGCCAACUCCCACACUUCAAACAUUCCUGAGCAGAGGCUGAUGUUGGUCUGCUAACCAGAGAUUCUAAACAUUUGCAUCUCUCAAUUCUAUACUUGUUGUUUUUAUGUUUUAUUAUGUUGAACGGUGUUUUAUAGUUUUAUAUUUGGUUGACAAACUCGUAAAUUCCCAUCAGUGUGUAAGAUCUUCAAAAAAAGACCAAUAGUAAACAUGUUAGAAAAGACCAAUAGUAUACAUGUUAGCUUCAGACUAAACUGGACAUGACAGUGAUGGAGUUCCCAUAAUACACAGUAUUUCCUUCAUCAAACUUCAAAUGCCAUUAAUCAAAAAUAAAACUGCCACCAAUUAAUGAAAAACUGCAUUCAACUAUGUUCUUGUUAAUCACACUCAAUUCUACAUUUCUUAUCACUUACCACUGUCACCUGAGGUGGACUUAGUUAAUAACAGUUUUUUGUAAACUAUUUUUGUUUUGUUGUCACAUAAUGUCUGAGUUAUGAAGUAUGAUUCCAUGUAUUAUGACGAUAUCAACCGUAACGGCACACUACCAACAACUAUAUACCAGUUUCAUGACAUGCAUGCAGCUCCUGGUCUCAGUGAGGAAAUAAACUCUGGCUUCUGCA